AUGGGGCGGAGUCUGCGCACGCGAGGCUUCGGACAUCUCAUCGCAGGUAUGAGCGUCUUAAUGCUGCGCAAGCUCUCUGAUGUGGUCUUCACAUCAAUCGCCACUUCUUCCAGCUCCUCCCGAUUGCUGGAGAGCUCUGCCGCCUGUAGAUGGCGGCAGGUGUAUGGCGCCCACACCGCCGACUGGGUCCCCGAGCUGGGCCUAUACGCCUAUGCCGCACAGAACACAAUCGUGGUGCUCAACACGCGGGGCAGGGCGGUGCGGACGCUGCUCUCGGGCCACACCAACAGGGUGACCGCUGUGGCGUUUGCUGGCGGCGCGGCCCCUGGCGCCGCUGCAGCAGCAGCAGCAGCAGCAGGGCCGGACGGUGGCGGCGUGCCCGCGGCCCUGCCGCCGCUGCUCGUGUCGGCGGCAGCGGACCGCACGCUGCGGCUGUGGAACGCGGCCACCAUGCAGCGGCAGCGCGCUCUGUACAAGCGGCCGGCGGAGGUGACGGCGCUGGCGGUCAGCAGCGACGGCGCGACCGCUCUGGUGGGCGACAAGGCUGGCGCCCUGUGGGCCUGGGACCUCGCUGACCCCUCCUCCAAGCCAAGCAAGCUGGCCGGCUGCAAGCAGGCCUCGCAAGUCAUGUGCCUGGCAGCCGCCCCCGCCGGCAGCGCUGCCACUAUGGGUGCCAUCAGCGGUGCAGGCGGCGGCAGCGGUGGCAGCGGUGGCAGCGGCGGCGGCGGUGGCAGCGGCGGCAGCGGCGGCCUGGUGCUGGCAGGCUACGCAGACGGCGGCGUGCUGCUGCUGGACUGGCGGCGGGACUGCCUGGUGCGGCGCCUGGAGCGGCAUGCCCGCGAGCUGCACUGCGUGCGCUGGCUGGCGGCGCCCGACCCUGCGGUGGCUGCCGCCAGGGCUGCCGCCCAGGCUGCCGUCGCCGCUGCGGCGGCGGCGCUGGCAGCUGCCGACGAAGGCGAGCCUGCUGCCGCCGCCGGCAGCGGUGCGGGAGAGGAGCCGGCGGCGGGCGGCGGCACUGCCAUGCCUGGACAGGAGGAGCAGCAGCAGCAGCAGCAGCAGCAGGAGCAGCCCGCUGGCAGCGCGGGCGAGGCCGAGGCUCCGCCGCCGCCGCCGCCGCCGCCACCGCCCCAAGAGCCGGAAGCAGGGGCGCCUGCCGCUCCGGCCUCGGCCGCGGCGCCUCCCCCAGCCUGGGAGGUGAUGCUCUCCUCUGGUGCUGACGGGGCGCUGCGCCUGUACUGCCUGGUACCUGCGUCCAGCCCAGGCGGCAGCUCCCAGUUUCGUCUGGUGGCCACGCUGCGCCUGCCCAAGCCCCACGCCGGCCUCACCAGCAGCCAGACCAGCAGGCUGUGGUUCACUGCGGCCGUGGUGCCGCCGCCGCCGCCCGCCGUGCCGCGCACCGCGGCAGCAGGCGGCGCGCCGGCAGCUGAGCAGGCCCGGCAGCAGCCGCAGCAGCAGCAGAAGCAGGAUUCCCAGCAGCAGCAGCAGCAGCAUGUGUGGCUGGUCACCUCUGCCCACGGCGGCAGCCUGCUGGCCUGGAAAGUCACCCUGCCACUGCCCGGCGCCGAGGCGCCGGCACCAGCGCCGGCGCCGCCGCCUGCAGCAGCACGGGGUUCGGCUCAGGACAGCUGGCGCCGCUCUCCGGCCAAGGCUGGGCCGGCGCCUGGCACCGCCGCGGCCGCCGCCGCCGUCGUCGGCCCCUGCAGGGUGCCCAUCACUCACAGCCGCACAGUAUUCACCCUGCAUGCCGCCACCCACCAGCCAGACCAGGCUGCCCCUUGCUCUGCCGCCGGCGACGGCAGUGAUGCAGCGCCCGCCGCCAGCGGGAGCGCCGGCGGCGGCGGGGAGCAGCCCGCGGAGCCGCCGUCGCCGCUGGCAGCGCCGGUGCCCCCACUGCUGCAGCUGCUGAGCAGCAGCAUGGACCGAUGCGUGUUGCUGUCCCAGCUGCCGCACCCGGGAGCAGCGGCGCAGGCUGCGGCGGCAGAGGAGCCAGAGGAGGGCUCCUGGCGGCGCGACUCUGCAGCCAGUACCACCGCGGAAGCCGCCUGGCGCCAGGCGUGCGUGACGUGGCGCCUGACCGGCCUGGGAGGCUACGUGUAUGGCCUCAGCCUGCUGGUGCCGCCACCCCAGCCUCCCACGCUGCAGCAUGAGGCAGAGGAACAGCAGGAGGCGGCGCCAGCCGGGGCGGCGGGGACGGGCGGCGAGGAGGAGGACGCGCCGCCGCCGCCGCCGCCGCCGCCGCCGCCGGGCGAGCCGCCUGCGCUGGACGGGCAUGCAGCCGCGGGGGAGGAGGCGGAGCGGGAGCAGGGUUCGGCUCAGCAGGGGGCGCGGCAGGAGCAGCAGGAGCAGGGGGCGCAGCCGCCUUCUCGGCAGCCCUACCUGCUGGCGGUGGCGUGCGGCGACAGGACCAUUCGCGUGCUGCCGCUGGGCCCCGCCGCCGCCGCGCGCCGCGGCGCGGAGCAGCAGCGCCACCAGCAGCUGCUGCUGUGGCAGAGCAUCCCCGACAAGGUGACGGCGGUGGCCUGGCAGCCGCUGGCACCGCCAUCGCCACAGCAGCAGCCUCACGCAGACCGGGCUGCGGCAAACGUGGGCGCCGCAGCCGUGGCCGCAGCCGUGGCCGCAGCCGCGGACGCGGCGGCGGCGGCGGCGGCGGCAGCGCCCGCGGCGGCGGCGCUGGCAUUUGGGUGCGAGGACGGCAGCCUGGGCCUGAUGCUGCCCAGCCGGGAGCAGGCGCUGCUGCUGCCGGUGAAGCACGAGGGCUCUGUGUUGGAUGUGCGGUGGGCCCCCCCUGCCGCAACCGCCGGGGCGCCGGGCCAGGCCGCGGUACAGCUGUACAGCCUAUCUGCUGACGGGGCGCUGCUGCUGUGGGCCCCGCUGCCCCUGCCGCUCUCCGACCUCUUCUCCAGCGCCGGCAGAUACUCUGCUGGUACCGCUGGUACCGCGGCCGGCAGCUGGGGUCCAGCUGGCGCCAAGGCGGCAGUCGCGCUGGCGAGCCCGCUGGACGUCGGCGCGCACCUGGGAGCGGCGGCGGCGGCGGCGGCGGCGGCGGGGGUGCCGGGCGUGCCCGCCGAGGCGGCCGCCUGGUUUGGUGCUGGACAGCAGCAGCAGCAGCAGCAGCAGCAGGCGAUCACAGCGCUGGCGCUGCCGCCGCCAGACGGCCUAGGCAUGGCAGGCGCCGUGGGAGAGAUGGCGGGAGGGGCAGGCGCCGGCCACGUGCUGGCUGUAGCGGCCAGGAACGGCGCGGUGGCGGUGCUGCGUGUGGCGCUUGUGGCGGCGGCGACCGCGGCAGAGGCGGCCGCUGGCGAGGUGGCACUGCGCAUGCUGUGGUCGCGCGGCGGCGGCGCGGGCGGCAGCGGCGGCGCGAGCGACGCCAUCAGGCACGCUUUCUUUUUUAUGUGUUAUUGCUCUUGUGCUGCGGCCGCGCCAUGUCUUUCCAGCCACCUGUGCUUCUCCUGCGAUGACCUGCAGUUGGCGGCGGCAGCCGAGUCGGGCCUGCUGUCCGUCCACCCCUGGGCAGCAGAGGCGGCGCCGCCGGCCGAGCGCGCCACCAAUGGCAUGGCGGCAGCAGCUGCAGCGGCCGCCAGCACAGGAGCAGCCCAGGCCAGGCUGCAGCUGGGAUGCACGGUCACAGCGCUGGCGUGGAUCGGCGGCGCCGGCAGCGGCGACGCGGCUGGCGGCGAGGAGGGGUGCGGGGCCGCCCUGGGCGGCGGCGCCGGCGGCAUGCUGGCUGCCGCCCUGGUCAGCGGCGGCAUUCAACUGAUCGACUACCACCCCGGCAAGGGCGCGGGGGCUCUGGUGCCGACAGCCCUGCUGCGGGGGCACAGCGGCCUGGUGCGCUGCCUGCACUGGUUGCCUCCAGAGCCUCCGGAGCAGCAGCAGGAGCAGCAGGCGGCGGGUGUGCCAGGCGUGCAUGGGCCGCAGGAGGCUGCUCAGCAGCCAGCUGCGCUGCAGCAGCAGCAGCAGGCUGCUCAGGGAGAGCAAGCGCAGCAGGCAGAGGCGGCGCAGCAGCAGCAAGAGGCAGCCCCAGAGCAGGAGCAGCAGCAGGAGCAGGAGCAGCAGGUGGGGGAGCAGCGGGCCAGGCUGUUCCUGCUGUCGGGUGCCGAGGACCAGUCGGUGCGGCUGUGGGACAUCCGCCGCCAGCUGCUGACCUGGCAGCAGCGCCAGCAGGCAGCCGCUGCGGCCGCGUCUGCGUCUGCCGCUUCCGCGCCUGCCGCAGCGGCAGCGAAGGAGGGCCCUGCAGCUGGGGUGGAGGUUCCGGUUGCGGCGCAGCAGCCGCAACCGAAUGGAGGCGAGGAAGGCGGGGACGGGCCUGCGCAGGGUGGCGAGCCGCCGCCGGGGCCGGUAGGCGAGGCGCCGCCGGCGCCUCCGCUGCCGGCGCCGGUGCCUGCAGAGCCAGCAGCUGUGCCGCCAGGCAGCUCCGCACCUGCAGCAGCAGCUACACCAGAAGCACUCCCUCCAGCGCUGUCUGCGGCCCCCGCGCUUGCAGCAGCGGCGGCGCCAAGCAGCGGUGGCGCAGCCCCGGCCGACGCGCCCGCCGCCGGCAAAAAAAAGGCGGCCAGCCUGGGCAGCCGCCCCAUCCUGCCGCCCGCACAGAUAGAAGAAGCGGACCGGGCGGCCCAGCGGGCGGCGCAGCGGGCGUGCCUGCGGCUGGCGCGGCAGCUGCUGCAGGCAGGCCACGAGCAGCCGGUCUGGCAGGCUGGCGAGGAGGCUGGCGAGGGGGGUGGCGAGGGGGGUGUGCCACCGCCUCCCCCGCCCCCACCUCCUGACCCUGAUGCCUCCCUGCUCCUGGAUUGCGCUGUGGAUCCGCUGUGCGCGUCUCUAGCGCUGCAGCGGCAGGCGGCGGCGCUGGGCGCCGGCGCCGCCGCCGCUGCUGCCGCUCCCAGCAGGCUGCUCGCGGCGCAGCGCGGUGCGGCGGCGGCGCUGUUGCGUGGCGACGUGGCAGCUGCCGUGCAGCUACUGCUGGAGCAUGAUGCGCUCACAGCAGACUUUGUCAGCAUGAGCGCCGCCGCAGGCCUGGCGGCGUGGCGGGCGGUCACUCUUGCGUAUGCCGCCAGGCUGGAGCACCAGCAGGAGCCGCACCUGGCGGCUCUGCACCUGCUGGCGGUGCGGGAGGUGGAGGCGGCGGUACAGGUGUACCGCCGGGCUGGGCUGCUGCGGGAGGCGGUGGCGCUGGCGUCGGCUCGCCUCCUGCCGGGGAACCCCCUGCUGCUGGACCUGCACGCCGCCUUCGCCGCCCAGCUGGCCGCCCAGGCGCAGCACGAGCAGGCGGCGGCGCACCUGGCCGCCGCGGGCCGCUGGGCGGGGGCGGCGGCCGCCCUGGGCGCCAGAGGCACCGCGGCUGCUGCUGCUGCCGCCGUGCAGCUGUGCCGGCACGCGCUGGCGCAGCUGGGGCCCAUGGAAGGCAGCCAGCUGCAGCAGCAGCUGGCUGCCUCAGAGAAGCUGCUGGCUGGGCUGGCUGAAGCGGAAGCGGAUGCCUGGGCGCCCUCGCCACCUGCCGCGGCUCCGGGAAGCGCUCCCGCAGCGCCGCCAGCUGCAGUAGGUGGCGGCGGCGGCCAGCCGCGCCGCCGCUACUCGGCCCAGCAGCUGCUGGCGGCAGGCGCCGGGGUGCCGCCUGGGCGCCUGGCGGGCCUGCCCGAAGGCCUGGCCAGCAGCGGCAGUGCAACGGGCCCUGGCACCAGCGGCACCCGCAGCAGCGGCAGCAGGGCACGCUACUACAGCCUGCAGGCGCUCCUGGAGCUCUCAGACUCGGCAGGGCAGCUGGGCCCGAGCGCGCAGCAGGUGCUGCGCAAGCGCCUGCCGCCAGAGCUGCUUCAAGAGGCCGCGGGAGCGGAUGAGAAGCCCGGGCCGGGCCCAUAA